AUGUCAGACUCAAAUGAAACGGUGUCAUUUAAAUCUUACCAGGAUCAGGCUCAUAUGUUCGUGAAGGAUUAUAUACUAGCCGACUCUUUGAUUCCAUAUACUUCUGUUAUUGGUGGCAUUCUUGCUUGCAAACUGAUCUAUGAUCUUACUCAUCUCAUUGGUACUAAUUACUUUAAGACCUAUUCCAGCUUCUCAAAAAUCCAACGUAUUGAGUGGAAUAACCGAUCUGUAUCAACUAUUCAUUCAAUUUUCAUAACAGCUAUGUCAUUAUACUUGGUGUUUUGCUCAAAUUUAUUUUCUGACAACCAGUCUACUGAUCCUAUUACAGUUCGAAACUCUUAUUUGUCAACAUUUGCACUUGGGGUUUCUGUUGGUUACUUCAUUUUUGAUAUAGCGAUGAUCCUUUGGUUUUUUCCUUCUCUCGGUGGAUAUGAGUAUGUGGUUCAUCAUCUGUUUUCUUUAGUAGCAGUAGCGUAUUCAAUGUUGAGUGGGGAAGGGCAGCUUUACACAUACAUGGUCCUGAUCUCUGAAACAACUACUCCAGGAGUCAAUUUGAGAUGGUAUCUCGAUGUAGCUGGUUUGAAAAGAUCCAAAGCUUAUCUCAUCAAUGGGGUUGUAAUAUUCCUUGCUUGGAUGGUUGCGAGGAUACUUUUGUUUGUUUACAUGUUUUACCAUGUAUACCUGCACUUUGAUCAGGUUGAGCGAAUGCACAUCAUUGGGCAGAUAUUGGUAAUUAUUGUGCCAAUGGUGCUAUCUGUUAUGAACUUGAUUUGGUUUGCAAAGAUCGUGAAAGGCUUGAGGAAGACAUUGGCAAAGAGGCAAUGA